AUGGCAACAACAACAGCAUUCACAGGAAAGAGAAAACUUGAUGAUGCUUUUGAUUAUGAAAGUACUUCAUCACAAAUUGAUGAUCCAACACUGAUUGAUGAUUUAUCUGCUGAUGAAUUGUCACCUGCAACUCCUGAUGAGAGUUCUUUAUGGGAUCUUGAAGAUAAAACACAAACACCACCAAAGAAAACUAAAUUGAAUCCACUUAAAUUCAGUGUUUCACCUCCACUUAUUUCAAAACAAACUUCUAAUACAACUACUCAAAAGAAGAGAACUAGGAAAUUUAAUUGUAAUUUUAAAGCAACAAAAGGUCUAUUUGCCAAUGUUACAUUUACAUUAAAGAAUAAUGGAGAUAAGAGUCACAAAAUGGAAGAACAAAUUGUAAAUAUUAUAUCAAAUCCACAUUUAAAGAGUGAUGUCAAACUUAAUAAUAAUGACAUUUACUUGGAAAUUAAGGAUUUUAUUUCAGAUGAAAGUUUAUCAUUAUAUAAGGAUUUAAAAACUAAUUUAUUUCAUGAUUAUAUUCCACAAUUUGAAAUUUCUGGAAAGGAUGAACAAUCUAGGUAUAUUUUAUGUUAUUUAAAAGGAAUGUUGGUUAGAAAAUCAGAAAUUGCCAUAGUUCCAAUACCAAAUCAUACACAUCAAAUUUUAGUAUUCGAUCAUAUUAAUGAUAAAUCAUAUUCUGAUACACCAUGUAGUUUAGAAGGUUAUUUACUUGAUGAUUUUGAAUUUGAUUCCAAAUUAACUUGUAUAAUAGUUCCAAAAUUUGUAAUGGCUCUUGAUCUUGAUGAAACUCUAAUUAGAACAAGAGUUAUGAAUCCUAAUGAAGUAAUUUCAAAUCCAUCAGAAUAUGAAUUUUCAGUUCUUGGUUCUAAAUAUGUUUGUUAUGUGAGACCAGGUACACAACAAUUACUUUCAUGGUGUUGUACAGUUUUUCAAGUAUACAUUUUUACAAAUAGUAUAUUUGAAUAUGCAAGAGAAGUUUGUAAAAUUCUAGAUCCAAACAAGGAACAUUUAAUCAAAUAUAUUGAUGUAGAUGAUACAAUUGCAUUGAAAAAGAUGCUUAAAUCAAGAGAAGAUAUGACUCCUCAUGAAAGUAUUCCAAAACCACUAGGAUUGAAAGAUUUGAAAAAGUUUGAUAUUGACUGUUUUGAAACUGUAAUUUUUGAUGAUGAUAUUACAAUUUGGAAACAACAAGAAUGUGUUUUACCAUUUGCUGAUAUUGUUCAAUAUCGUAAACCUUUGGAAUUUUUCAAAUCGAUAAGAACAGAAGUUUGGAAAAAGUUACAAUUUCUCCACUCAACCAAAUUAAGAAUUAGAAAAAAGCAUGAAUUGGCUGGAGCUAAUUUAUCCAACAUUUCAUUUGCAAUUCCUGAAAGAAAAGACAUUACACUUUCACAAGAAAUUGCUCUCAACUCUACUUUGAAUAAAGAACGAUAA